AUAAGAAAGGUUAUAAUUAUUAUUUUUUAUGUCACAACAGCAUGAAGACAAGAUCUAACGACGCCAUUUUAACCUUCACUGACAUUUGUUUGACCUUAAAAGAAAAGACUAUUCUAACAAAUAUUAAUGGGAAAGCCAGAAGUGGACAGAUUUUGGCCAUCAUGGGCCCAACAGGAUCUGGAAAAACUUCUCUUCUUAACAUUUUGGCGGGAAAUCUUACUCUAACAUCAGGAACGAUAACUCUCAAUGGGAACCCCUUCACAAAGCUUCAGCGCCGGAAAUUGGCAUAUGUUCUACAGAGUGACAUAUUUCUAUCAAGACUCACGCUAAGGGAAACUCUCUAUUUUACGGCCAUGAUACGACUUCCUGAUAGCGUGACGAAAGCCGAGAAGAUGGCGCGAAUUGAUGAAAUCGUAGAUGCACUUCACCUGCGCAAAUGUUUGGACACUGUGAUUGGAGAUUUCAUGCACCCUGGACUAAGCGGAGGAGAGAAGAAGCGUGCGAACAUUGCAUGUGAACUCCUUACAGAUCCCAACAUUAUGUUGAUAGACGAACCUACUUCCGGUCUGGACUCUAGCACUGCGCAUGUGUUAAUGCAGGAACUAUGGGACUUUGCUUUUCAGUAUAACAAGACUAUACUGACUACUAUCCAUCAGCCUUCCAGUCAGAUUUUUCACAUUUUUUCGUCUCUACUAUUGCUUGUUAACGGACACGAAGCGUACUUUGGCGAUGCCAACAAAGCACUCCAGUAUUUCAGUGGACUGGGCUUAAACUUCCCUGAUCAUUACAACCCAUCUGAUAUUAUUUUGGAGCUGUUGACCACAAAUACGGAAGUCGUAAAUAAAAUUCUUGAAGCAUCGGAGAAAGCUAAAAAUUUUAGGGUGAAGGUCGAAAAUGCAGAACUCUGCAAUAGCAAGGGGUCGGCCAUUAAUGAUUAUGUCACAUCAAAAAUAGCACCAUCACUCACAGACAGACAUAUCACUGAACCAGCAUCUAAUGGUCAUGUCAUUCCUCUUGUAUACCACAAAACGGAUCCUACAGAGAUUGUGCUUGAUGUUUCAUCUCUUGAACACGUUUCAACAAGCAAUUUAGAACGUUCAAUCAACAGAAAGUGGGCAGCCUCAUUUUGGACACAAUUCCGCAUGUUGUCUUGGCGAAAUGCCAAACAAUCAAGAUGGAGAAUAUUUGACGAAUGUAUCCUUGGUCAAGCUCUGAUUGUUGGCAUUAUUUUUUGUGUUAUAUAUUAUCAGAUACCAAGUUCUAACGACACACUUAGAGACAGGAUGGGAGCGGUAUACUUUCCUCUGGUAUAUUGGGGAUUUACAAUGGUGAAUGAUGCUGUUACCAGUUUUGUUGGAGAACGAGAGGUUGUGAAGAAAGAGAGAAGAGCAGGUGCCUACCGCCUAUCUGCCUAUUACACGGCUAAGAUGGUCAGUGAACUUCCUAUGAUGAUUGUGGUGCCCAUUGUUCAGCUUUCGGCCAUGUACUGGUUGGCAGGGAUGGGGGGACCGGUGCAGUUUGCCAUUUAUAUAGGAAUAAAUCUUCUGAAUUGUUUUACCAUUCAGAGCAUAGCGUACAUCAUUGGAGCCUGUGUCCACAGAUUAAAGUACAGUAUAAUAACUGCUAACACAGUGAUGAUCGCAUUCCUCUUAUUAGGUCCUAAAUUUAGGGAACCCAGAUCCUUCAGCUGGCGUCGGAAUUUCAUAAAUAUUGUGGAUUCUGUAGAGGACUACGCCAGACGAUGGGCCAGACAUGAAAAAGAAGACCUUGACACUUUGUCAGAAUGGAUUAAAUGUAUCAGAUGUAUGUUAAAAUCGCGCAUCAAAAGAUUGAGAGGCAAUAUGAAGACCAUCUAUCCUUCUGUAUUCAAUAAACCAGAAGUGAAAAAAGAAUUAGAUAGAUUACAUGAUCAGUUCGUACUGGUCCCUGCUGACAAAGCAGGUGGAUUUUUUACCACGUCUUUCCCCACAUGGUUUACCUGGGCUAAAUAUACUUCAUUCCUGCAUUAUCCCUUUGCCGCCAUUUUCACUGUUUUAUUCGCAGAUAUAGAACCAUUCAGGUGCGGAAACUCUCAAACAUUCAAGAAAUGCCAAAAUGAAACAGAGCUUAUCACAGGAAGUGACGUGUUACACAGUGUAGGAAUUGAUCUCCCUGUUUAUUGUUGUGUAGGAACGAUGGUGGUCUUGAUUAUCGUGUUACGUAUACUUGGAUAUUAUGCCAUUAAAUACAGGUUGUAGACAUAUUAAAGAAUAAUUGUCAUCACCC